AUGAUCGAUUUGUACAACUGUUGGAGUUGGAAGAUUUUAAUAUAUAUAGCUAGUUAUUCAAUCGUAUUACAUACAUCUUCAUCAUUCCCAAUAGAUAAUGGUUUAGUUGAUUCGGAGCUCAUACAUGAAUGCACAGCAAAUAAAGCAGUUGAUUUACUUCUGAUUAUUGAUGGAUCAGGAUCUAUUGGAGAUGAUACUUUCCAGAAUCAAAUCAUGUUUGCUAUGCAUUUGGCUAAUCGUCUCAAUGUAUCAGAAGAUGGGAGUCAUAUGGCUAUCAUGCAGUAUUCCGAAUCUCCAAAAAUCGAAUUCUCUCUUAAUCAGUAUCUUCAAGCUACUCAGUUAGAACAAGCCAUUCAGCGUAUUUCAUACUUGUCAGGAGCUACUAAUACGGGCAAAGCUCUACAUGAGGCUUUACAUAAAGGAUUUCAAGGAGCUCGAGGAGGUGAUGUACCAAAAGUUGCUGUAGUCGUUACAGAUGGACAGAGUCAGGACGAUGUAUCAGAGCCAUCACAACAGUUAAGAGAGGCACAUGUUAUGCUUUACACUAUAGGAGUAACGAACCUUGUGAAUGUUCACCAACUUCAUCAAAUUACUGGGAAUCCUGUUCGUGUGCUCACAGUAGAAGCUUUUGAUCAGUUGGACAAGUCAGUAGCAGAUUCUCUAACAUGGGAUAUGUGUCGAACUGAAUUUCGUCCCGGUACACCUGAGAUCAUUUGUGCAGCGGAUCGAAUAGGGGUGCGAGCAUCCACAAAGAAACCUUUCGAUGGAUUCGUUUUUGUGAUGGACCAUUUCCAUCAAGCUGAAUGUAGGGCUGGACCUGAACACUUUCCCGAUCCAAAGAGUAUUGGAAUUUCAAUACCAUUUAAUACAUGCAAUGUACAUAGAUAUCGAUCGUUAGAACCACGGGGGAUAUACGUUGAGGUGACAAUAGUCUUCAUGUUUCAUUCAAUGUUCAUGACUAAAGUUGAUCAAACUGUGAAAGUUCAAUGUUUCUAUAUGGAAGCAGAGAAGCAUGUAACAGUUCCUCUAUCUGUCAGUAUGAUCACAACUCAAUUCCGUGAACAAAUCUAUCAGAUGCCCCAAUGUACAUAUACUUUGCGUAAAGGUUCGCCAGAUGGUGAAAUAGUCAAAUACGCAACGUUAGGUGAAAGUAUUUAUCACAGAUGGGAAUGCAUUGAAGUCGAGAAGAAAGACACAUUCGGAAUGCUCGUACAUUCAUGCUACGUCGAUAAUGGUUAUGGAGAUCGUGUGGAUAUUCUUGAUGCAACUGGUUGUGGCUUGGAUGCAGUUCUCCUAUCUACUCCUGAUUACGACAGCUCUUUGCGCCUAGCAACAAAGCCAUAUCAUGUCUUCAAGUAUGCUGACAAGCCUGUUUUGCAAUUUCAGUGCCAGAUAACUCUUUGUAUCAAAUAUGACGAAGGGUGUGCCAAUAUCAGUCCUCCAAGCAAUUGUCCGAAACUGCGCGGAGAGGAUGCUCAUCAUCACCAUCACCAUGAGCAUAACAUACUUCAUGACCCUCACGCUCGUGUUAUUCGUUCUCAUGGCUCAGGAAUAGGAACAAUCGAUGUAUUCACUGGUUCACUCACUAUCUUAGACUCAUUACCUGCUUGCUCAAAUGAGGCUCUUUCACUUAGCUCAAUAAUCAUUUUAAUAUUAACCGUUGGAAAUGUGCUCAUAGCCAUACUCUCAGUGUUCAUUUGGAUUCUCAUAUCUCAAAGGCAAAAGCUAGCAUCAACAGCUAAAAAUUAA